GCCUCUAGCUACGCCACUGCUUAUCAGUCUUUAUAUAAGCUGAUAAGCUCUUGCAUUCACCACAGUGAUCUUCUGUGAAGACUCGAGUUCACAGCCAGUUUCAGUGCACCUUUUACUGAGUAACACGGACCCUGAAGACUUGGCUAUGGAGUCCAGUGGGGCAUUGUGGAGUACUAAGAAACUCACUUUCAGGAUAUUCAUGUGCAUUGCGUUCUUAUCGACUGGCACUCAGGGGGCUACUCAGGGGCCUGACUUUGACGACUCUCCUGCCCCUGAAUUCCUGCACCCUGAUUGGAUGGCUCAGCUCCCUGACUCCACCUCUCUUUCAGAAGUCUCCCUCGCUGGGACUCACAACACGAUGGCCUUCUAUGGGGGUAGACUUGUGCAGUGCCAAGCCUGGCCGCUACACCUACAACUGGAAGCUGGCGUGCGAUUCCUCGACAUCCGCGUCCGCUACACAGGUGAUACUCUGGCGCUACAUCACGGGCCUAUCUAUCAGAAGGCCAAUUUCGACUUAGUUGUUCGAGAAACGAUACAGUUCUUAAAAGAUCACCCAACGGAGACCAUUCUUAUGAGAGUGAAAGAGGAAUUCAGUACCACAUACAACAUAUAUGACGCUGUAGUACGCUAUUUAAAAGAGCAUGGAGACUGGGAAGCGUGUUGGAACAGUAGAGACAUUCCUACAAUGGGACAGGCCCGAGGGAAACUGAUUGUUCUUCAGGAUUUUUCCGGGAAUGCCAUUGGGAUGAAAUAUAGCUCACUGGACAUAGGAGACGACUGGAAAGUGCCUACCUUGCUUCACAUCAACCAAAAGUGGGACAGCGUUAAAAAUCACUUGGACACUGCCAAGGUUGGAAACAACAGCACUCUUUUUCUGACGUACAGCAGCGGCGCAGGCAUUCUGGCGUAUCCCGACGAUGUUGCCAAGCGUAUCAACGCCAGGCUUUAUGAGUACCUGAACAAUCAGAGGGGGCAGAAGACGCGUUUUGGAAUGAUAGGCAUAGAUUUUCCUUCUGCUUGGUUAAUAAAAAUGAUUAUUGAAUUCAACUGAAUCUUUGAGAUGAAAAAAUAUGUGCGAUUUUAGCAGAGAAGCUAUUAAUCUGGUUCUAACAAAGCUCCAAAUGCAAUCUGGUGAAUAUAAUUACACUUAUAGAAUGGUACAUUGAUUUAUUUAAUAUAACUUGGGACAGUGUUUACAGCACAGAAAUUCAGAUCUAAAAAAUGGAUUCGGUACCCAAGUGGCUCACCUAAUAAAGGCAUGGCUGCGGGGUGUGCAGGGCGAGUCAUACAGUCUGGGGUGCUGGGGUUUUAAUGAUAAGUAUUUGGUAAGGUCUCUUGUACCACAGUAUACACUAUAACUUGAGAGUUUAAAGUUAUUAGCAAAAUGAGCAAAAUUGACUCAAUUAAAAUUAACUUAUAGCAUGAAAUAUAAAUUCCUGCGUUAAGCAGAGACAUUUUACAUUUUGAUUCAAUUAAACAUCAUUUAUUUUCAAAUAUACUUUUUUUCUUCCUGUUAAAUUUCUGUAUUGUUUCUAAAGAUGUUGUUUAAAUGUCUUAAACAGAAAAUAAAACCUUUAAUGAUUUUAAAGUCUAAUGUGUCAUUUUACCUGCGGUAAAAUACUUUAUACUUCUGUUUUGUUUUUCAUACUGUGAAAAAAUGUCAAUCGCUACGGAUACUUGUUUAUAUAUAUAACUGGGCACACCCCUAAUAAAAAU